AUCAGCUAAAAGAGGUCGUACAAAACCAAAAAGAGUUGCUUCUGUUUGUCUCAUUGGUCAGCUGGUUUUCACGAAAGGGGAAACCCUAGAUUCUUACCCCGCAGCUGCCGCCGUUCUGGUCCCCCAUCUCCUGCAGUCGACCCCAUACAUAAUUUACGGCAAGUAUGAGAUAUUUAUUCUAUUCUUUCUAUUUCUUUUCCCUUUGUUUUCCUCAUUUUGUCUUCUUUCACAGUUGGAGUAAGAAGCUAUUGCUGGCCCAAAACUCUAUCACAACCGAUCUGUUAUUUUCGGCGAGAACAGAAGGGAAAAUGUUGCCGCAAGACCCACAUGAUGUAAUGGCUGAAUCCACAACCUUUCAUGAACUUCAUCUUGGAAAAAGCAACCGUUUCCUCAUGGCUAGAUUGUUAAACAUUUGGUCAGAAUGUGAGUCAGAUGGAACUAGAUCUAUUACCUCCAUGCAUAUGCUUUGGUUAGAUAAAGAGGGACAACUUAUGGAAGGAAAUGUACCCUAUGAAGAUUCUGCUCAUAUUUGCAAAGACAUUGAGAUUGGUUGUCUCUAUACCAUGAUGAAUCCAACUAUCAUACCAGCUAGAUCUGAGCGUCGCACUGCACCAUCCAAUUUGAGAUUGUAUUUUACAAAGGAAUCUUCAUUCAAAGCAAUGAUCGAAUAUCGGAGCAUAAUGCAUUUUCCAGAUGAUUAUUUUUUUCAAAGUCCUUUCAAUGGUAGUGGUUCUUCAACAAGUCCUCCACCUUGCUUCUCAGAUAUCACAGGAUGUGUAACGCAUAUCACCGAACCAGCUAAAGUCAAUUCUGAUACAUCUAUGUUCCAGAUUUAUUUUGAAGAUAUGAGUGGAAACAAAGCACUUGUGAGCUAUAUUGGCACAAGAAUUAAAGAUUUCAUUGAAAGCGCUACUGCCAAAGAAGUUCAUUAUCCUUUGGUUGUGACAGCAACAGCACUCACCCGGAACAUGCAUGAAUAUGAUCAUAUUCCACAGUUCUGUUUCGUAACAUCUCCUGGCAGUCGUCUUAUAGUACAUUCGUACAAUGAGAUGACCAAAGAUUUAAUGAACAGGUUCUUUCCUAAUAGAUUGCCUGUGGAUAUCAUUGACUACAAGUCAAAAGAGCGGCUUGGAUACCUUCGGCGUGACAUUCCGCCCAGAAUUUCAUUGUUGGAAUUGACCAACAAGCUGCCUUUAGGAGAAGAAGAAACAGAGAUACUAUAUCGGUGCAAACUCAAAAUAGUCAAAUUCGACCUUGGUUCUGUGACCCGUGAAGUUUUCCCUGGAGACACUGAAUUAUUCUAUGAACUGCAGGCUGAAUGUGAAUCAGGAAAUCACAAGGCAAAGGUCAUUCUUAAUCAUGGACCUACUCUUGCUCUGCUUCGUAAGCCACCAAUCGAGUUUAAAAAAAUGCCAUAUGACAAGAGAGUUCAGAUGCAGAAAGAAUGCUGUAACAUCAAAUUCAUGGCAGAAGUAUACAUCAUUGGAUCAGAAUAUGAAGUUGAACCACAGAUUCGCAUGUUUGCAAUUUGGCAUCCAAAAGCAUUUCAACCAUUACUGGAUCUUAAACUGAACUUAUAAACACUGUCCUCAUUUUGCAAUCCAAGAAGGUAUAUGUCUUCCCUUUUUUAUUUCAAAUACAGGAGUAUAUUGCUAUUUAUUAACACUUCCGAGGCUUUACAUUUAAUAAUUAGCUUCUACUACUGUUAUUAUUUCAGGUGGUAAGACUAAGAGAUGAAUCAGCUGGUUGUCUGAGAAGGAAUCAAGGGAAUGAUAACUA